AUGAAUCUUCGGCUCUGGCUUCUUCACUUUAUGGUUGCUGCUGCCUUCUACAACACUGCUCUUGCAGACGCCUUUGGUUAUAUAGCUUACAACGACAGCUCCGAGUGCGUCGCUUAUAAAGCCCUGCCUGCAUGCUUUGGACCACGACUUCCAGCAGAAGGGCUGACAGGGUAUUUGGUGAGGGUGAUACCAUCAAAUGCUUGCCAUGCAAUAGAGAAUCCUCCAGCACCAAGAAAGGCCUCUGAGAUGUAUAUUGCGCUUAUACAGGAGUAUGACUGCUCUUUUGUCAAGAAGGUCCUUCAUGCCCAACAGGCUGGGUACCAAACUGCCAUUGUGUACAAUGUGGAUUCAGAGCAACUGAUCACCAUGACGGCUGAUGACAAAGAAAUCCAGCAGCUGAUCAAGAUACCAUCACUCUUUACUGGCCAGUCAGCGUCCCUCCAUUUGCAAAGGAAUUUGCAAUGCGAGAAAGUGGCACACAUCAGACUUCUGCCACCCAGACGCUAUUUGAGUCCUUGUCAAGACAAUGCUAAGAUGCUGCAGGAAACUUUUAUCAUGCAAGAUCUCAGGGACAUAUUCUACAUCAUUAUUGCUCCUAUCUUGGUUAUGGUUGGCUUGAGCUGGUACAAGAGGGCUUGCAAGAUAAAGCUGCACACAUACAAGCAGGGAGACAAAUACAAGACCUGUGUGAUCUGCAUGGCAGAGUAUAAGGAAGAAGACCUCCUGAAGAUCCUGUCCUGUUCCCAUGCUUACCACAGUGCCUGUGUUGAUAUCUGGUUUUACACGCAGCCCAGGAAGAAGACAUGUCCCCUCUGCAAGCAAGUGGUGAACAGCUAUGGGCAAGGUGGCCUCCUGCCAGAGCAGGCUGGUGAAGAUGUGAACAAGGAGGAACAAGACCACAAAGAAAAUGCAUUCAGAAAAGGGCAUGAAGAUGAAUAUGUUGAAGAGGAGAAAGAUGAUGCAAACACAGCGGAAGGGGAAGGGUUUGAUACACUGAAUAACAGCACCAUUUGA